AGAUUUUGAUGGAAGGAAAUAAAGAAAUGUGAUGAGGAGUUAGAGAGGAAGAAAUAAUUAAGAAGAUGAGAUGUGGGGGUGGAGGUGUGGUGCGGCAGUGGAGUGAAAAGAAAAUGAAGGAAAUGGGGAGGUGAGAUCCGUGAGAGUGGGUGCAGCUCCAGAGAAGGAGAAAGUAAACAAGAGUAGGGUUUCAAAUAAUUUAAAAUAUGACAAAAGUAAAAAACUUUUUAACCUAGGGAUAUAAUUGGAAUUAAAUAAAUUGGGGGAGGUGGAAGAAGCAUUCGUGGGGGUGGAGGGAGCAAUACCCUUAAAUGGGUCCAAUAUGGAUGUUUUAUGGGCAUUGUUCCUUCCACCUCCCCAUUUCCACUCUGCACCUCCCCAUUUUUCAUUAACUUUUUUUAUAUUACCAAAAUAACCUUUUCUUUACUUUAUUUUUUACUUUUUUAACCCUGUUUAAUUAAAUAAUCCUAUAUUUCUAUUUUUCCAUUUUCUGCUUCACUCACUCACAGUAACACAACACCCCCACCUCCUCUUCUCACCCAAAUUCGUUUCCCCUUCUCACUCUCCUAGAUCCUUUUCAUUUUUUUUAACCUUUUACUCCCAACUCUCUCAAUCGUCCUCUUCUAUUUGUUUGUGCAUUUCGCGUGGUGGUGCUUUGUAGUUUUUGGUGUGUGCGACGGUGCUGCUCAUGUGUGCAACAGGGCGGUGGGUGUGCGGCGGUGUGGCAGCGUGUUCGGUGGUGGUGCUUCGUUUCUUCCUUGGUCUACGAGAGGAAGACGUCGGCGUCGCCGCGGCCUGCUCGUCCAAGCUCCUAGCCCACAACAUUUGUGGCGUGUUCGCGCUCAAUCUGAUGUUGGCUCGCUUUGGAACUUCCACUAGAGAGGUUUUCCUGUCUGCAUUCUCAUCCAAGGCCAAGGACGGGAUACAAAAUCUGAAUUGGAAUCAAUUUCUUCAAUUGGAUUGUCACGGAUCGCAGUUGCCGCUUCGAGAGCUCCGUUCUUUGUGCCACGUGGGAAAGGGGAGGAGACGUUGGUGGUUUGGAAUUGGAGAAGGAAUAGCAACACUUGGGCUCACAGGAACAGGCGUAGAGUGACAGUCUCGUGGCAGAGCAUAUCGC